CAAGUGACCAGUCGCCUUGCGCUUGCCGCGGGUCGAAACCGCCAGGCUCUCUCUGCCAUGGAGACCAAGAGGCAAGCGCCGUCCCCGCAUCCAAAGCGGCCGCGCGUUUCCUUCACCACCGUGAGUAUGCGGACCUUCGGUGAGAGCCAGUCUGGCAAGGGGCUCACGGAGGACAAGACCUUGAUGGAGGACUCGGUAGAGGUCACGGCCAACGUGGAGAGCUUGUCGCGGCUGGUGCUGGAGGAUGAGAUGGACGCCCACGCCAGGAACCAAAACGGGGCGGGCGACAAAGGCCGGGUGGUGCUGAAGCAGGGCACGCCCACCCGCACUCCCAUGGCCACGGAGGAGACCUCGCCCUUGCCGGAGAACUGGGAUCUCUACAAGCAGUUCAAGUCCAGCCAAGAGGCGCGGAUGCGCAGCCCAGAGCUGGCAUCCAGCAGCCGGCGCCUGAGCCCCGGGCAGCGCCUGAGCCCCCGCGGCUUCCUGGCAGCGGCUUCGCUGAAAGCGCCGCCGCUGCCCAAGGCGAAUCGUCAGAAGAGCCCCGACACGGUGGACAUGAGCGGCGUGAUGAGGUCCAUUCAAAUGGGCCCCAGCCGGGAGGAUGACCAGGACACCUCAGAAGUGCCGGAGGGUCGCAAGUCCUUUGCCACCUUCCACGGCUCAGAGCCGGGCCCCGAGAUCUACGCGGUGAAGCAGGCCAGUCGCAGGCUCCAGGAGCCUUUGAACCGCGGCAGGGCACUGCAGCGGCACCAGCACCACAGGAGCGAUCUCAACAGCUCCGCUGAGCGAUUCCGCGAGAUGCAGCAGCAGGUCAUCAAGGAUGCGGAAGAGGACCAGCGGCUCAUGGACCAGAAGGCUACGGAGGCCCAGCGGGCCAUGCAGGAGGAGCAGGGCAGCCUCAAGAGCCUGGAGGAGCAGGUGGCGCAGGCGCGGGAAGCCGUGCAGACGUCCAAGGAGGAGCUGCGCCAGGCCAAGAAGCGGCUGCUGCGGCAGAAGGCCCAGCGAGUAGAGCUGGAGCAGGUCCACCUGGGCCGCACCUUGCUGGUGACCCGGGCCCGCGAGAACUUCGUGGAGCUCCGGUUCCGCAACGCCUGCGCCACGGUGAAGGCAAGGCUCCAGAACUGGGGCCACCUGUCAGGGAUCCAUGUCAAAGCUCACGUGACUUCGCCCGCUCUUUGGCAUCCAGCGAUGCCGCGCGUGGGCGUCUCCGUGGAGGAGUUGGAGCUGACGGUAGCAUCCCCGUGGUGCUUCACCAAAGGCGACAAGUUGUACUCCCCGGCGGCUGGCCCGCGGGGCGGCUUCCAGUGCCGGCUGCUGGUGUUUCCGGCCGGAUCGCCGGCGGCGGACCAGACGCUGUCCGCCUUUGUGGAAGUGAGCGCUCCGGAGCAGAUGCGGGAAUGGACCUGUGAAGAUGUCUUCUUCACCAUUAAGGUGAUCAGCAGCAAGAGCAAGAAGAGUAUCCACAAGCAAGAGACCUUCAGCUUCACCCCCAGCUGCAACGACCGCGGCUGGCACAACAUGGUGGAGUUCUCGCAGCUCACCACAGCCUCGGGGCUCAUCGACGCCCACUCCAAGGUGCACUUGGUCGCCUACGUGAGCAAUCUGCCCCUCGAGACCGAGCCUCGAGUUCACGUCCCAGAGGUGGACUUCUCCUUGGAGCUGAAGUCAGCAGAACUUCUCGUGCACGAUGGGCCCCCGCUCUUUUUCGACCAGCGCAUCUUGGUGGCGCGUUCUGAGUACUUUCGCAAGAUGUUCACCGCGGAUUAUUUGGAGUCGAGCACUGGGGUGGUGGAUCUUCGGAAGGAUCCCCAAGCGAGCCACCAGUGCGUGGCGGCGAUUCUUCGAUUCCUCUUUACCAACGCCUUGGACCCAAAUAUGGAUCUGGAGCUGGGUCUGGCGCUGCGCGCCAUGGCGGACAAGUUCUGCCUGCAGGAUUUGAAGGAGGCCGCCCAAGGGACGCUGAAGAAGAUGGUCUCGGAGGAGAAUUUGCUGCAGGUCUUGGCGCAGGUCUUCGAGACGGGCUGCGAGUUGGAGGCCAGCUGCUGGCAGCUGCUCUCCGAGGACCCGGACAUCUUGUGGCGCCAGGAGCUGCAGCUGGACGCCCUGGUGCCCCAAAACCCGGCCUUGGCCAAGAAGCUGAUCCUCUUCGGCCGGCGGAAAGUGCAGAAGACAGCCGCGUGACGGUCGGUGAGGCCAGUGACCGCCCGCGGAGAGCGAUCUGUGGAACCUGUGGCACUAUGCAAACUGGCGGUUUCGUUUUAAGGCCUAGAGCCCUCUAGAUCUUUGUACCCAUCGAACGUCAGGUCCAAUGGGUCCCCAGGUUUUUUGCCUUCGCGUGCGAGAUACCUCGACGCUGGGAUGGCUGUACAGAGAAGCGCAAGGGGAAGUCUCCCGGAUGGACCUUCGGGCGAGCACGUGCGGAAGCACCAGAAAGGCUUUCGGAAAC